AUGACGCGCGCACAGCAGCACAUUUCCAUCGCCGCCCUAUUAUCAUCUAUCUACCUGGCGUGCUUCAUGGGCUUCGUCCCCUUUCCUGCCAAGAUCCAGCAAGACAUCAUCCCCGUCCUACCUUUCUGGGCCAUUGUCUCCUUUGGCGCCUAUCUGCUAUUCAAACUGGGCUAUGGAGUCCUGACCUUCAACGACGUCCCCCAGGCCCACAAAGAGCUCAUGGCACAAAUAGACCAGGCUAGGACGGAGCUCAAAGCAAAAGGAGUCGAGGUGGACUAA